AUGGCACUUGUUGGAUAGGCGCAAACUCUUUCAAAAUUAUAAGAUAGAUAUAAAGAUUACAAUGAGAGCGAAUCUCAUUCUGAAUUGCUUACAAGGUCUGUUUAAAAAAUAGUUUAAUCGCCUAAAAAAUUUGAUUAAAAUGUAGUAAGUAUUGGAUCUGAAGAUAGAAGCAUUUAUUCAGAGUUGGAAAAGGAACCACAUAAAAAUUUUACUUAGAUUUGCCCACCCGAAAAAUAUAGAAAAUCUGAAAAAUGUCAAGUUUGCAAUAUUUCGUUUUAAUUGCUGAAUUCUUCUAAGAAUUGUUAAUUUUGUGGUAAAUGUGUUUGCAAAGAGUGCUCUCGUAGAACAAGAAGAGACCCUCAAAAUCAAGAAAAUUAAGUAAGAGUGUGCGAUCUGUGUCAUUAUUAAAUUCUCUAUAAAAGAAUUGUGGAGUCAUUUUUCAAAAACAAAACAGAAAAAGAUAAGUAAAGAACUGAAUUAAAUGAAGAGUGUGAAAAAAAAAAGGAAGACUUAUAUAAAAAAUAAAAAAUAAAUGAAGAGAUUAAGCUUUAGACACAAACGAUAAGAUUAAAAUAUGCACAUCAGAUAGAAGAGAAAAAAAAUAAAAUAUCAGAAAUGAGAGAUAAUCAAAAUAAAAAGAUGGCAGAUAACUAAGGACUUAAAGAUAAGAUAUAAAAAUUAUAAAUUGAAGGCCAGGAAUAAGAAAAAGAGCUUACUCAAUUGAGAUCUAGAUAUUAUGAAUUGCAUCAGCAUAAAAACGAUUUAGAAAGGCUACUAGAAGAAAAAGAAGAAGAGUUUGCUAACGUUAAAUCUCAAUAUGAAUCUAUUUAAAAGGAUAUUGAUAAAAAAAAAUUUUAAUCACAAUAAGAUGCUACAAAUUUUCUUGAAGAGCAUCCAAGAUCUAAGUCAGCAAUGAGAUACCAAGUAUCUAUAAUUGAUUAUAAUCAUAUUAAUUCUAGUAUUAAUGGAAACAGUAAAUCUUCCUUAAGUAAUCAAAAAAAAAAAAAUAAGAAACAAAGGAAAGAUUAAGAAUAGUAAUCUGGCUAUUGUAAUAAAACUAACUGUAGUGUUUUUUGA